UGUACUUGACUUUUUCUGGAGGAAAUCAGGAGAGUGGUUCCUCAUCAGGAGGCCUGCAAGGUCCCCAUGAGCACUCCCAUCAAAGGGAAGGUCUCUGAUGCAGGAUGAUGGAGACAUUUAGAAAUCAUUUUUUUUAGAAAUCAUUUUGCUAAAGGAAAAAAUAAUGGUAUGGAUGCAGAACAGGACUCAAGAAAGGUAGUGUGAGGCAUGUAAGAAAAAGGAAGAGACAGGAAAGAAAGGUAAGUAAAGGAAUAAAAGAAGAGAAAGGCAAAGGAAUCUCUGCAAGUGAAAAAAUCCAGCAAGGAAGAAAGAGAGCAAAAAAGAAAGAAGGGGUGACAGAGGAGAUUAUGGGCAUGCACCAACAUUAUCUCUACAUGCACCAACAUUAUCUCUACAUGCUCUGUGCAGUCGAGGACCUCUGUGUCCUCGGUACUGAGGAACCCUGUGCAAGCCUCGAUGAGAAGUGAUGAGGAACAGGAAUCAGAGGUUUUGUGUAAUGGUGUGGCUGCACUCCAUGGUGACAACGGUGUAGUCAUGUAAAAAAAACGGUAAUAAAAUAGAAAAAGAGUAUGCAGCAAGGAAAGAACGGACAGCGAGGGAAGGACAAGGAGAAAAGAAAAGAAAAGAAAAGAAAAGAAAAGAAAAGAAAAGAAAAGAAAAGAAAAGAAAAGAAAAGAAAAGAAAAGAAAAGAAAAGAAAAGAAAAGAAAAGAAAAGAAAAGAAAAGAAAAGAAAAGAAAAGAAAAGAAAAGAAAAGAAAAGAAAAGAAAAGAAAAGAAAAGAAAAGAAAAGAGAAAAUGAAUUUGCAGGCAUACAGGAAUUUUGUCUCUCUACACAAAAAGGUGGGAUGAGGUGGGGGAGAGACAGGAAAAGAAAUGAGUGAAAGAAGGAAGGUGAGAAAGAGGAGAAAUCAAGAGGGGGUAAGUCAAGGACAUUACCUGGAUAAACCGACGCUCUCUUCUAACGCUGGGUACAGUUGGUCUCCUGUGAUCUCCCAUUCGCUGCUGUCCCGUGUGGAGGAGAUGAUGCCCCGUAAUUCGAGCUCGUGGCUCCGUCACUGAGUGCCUCGAUAGCGGCGUCCGAGGUUAGCGGCAACAUGGGAGCAGAGUCAUGAAAGAGACGGAUGGAAAUAAAAGGGAGCGGACAGUAAACAUUGGACAGUAAGGGCAAGAGGAAAGCAGAGAAAGAAGAGAAGAAAGAAGCAAAACACAAUAAAGAGCAAAGAGAUGGAGGCGGCAAGAGACAGGAGUAAAAAGAAAAGAAAAGAGUAAAAAAGAGAAACUAAUAGAAACGAUUAAAAAUGCAGAGCCAGAGAGGAUGAGGACACGGCAGAGGAGAUGGCCAUGACGGGCGGAGGCGCUGGCGCUGUGCGGAGCGUGUGAGGCGGCGGAGCAGCGCACGGUGUCGCUGCAGGCUCAGGAACGGCGUGCGGGCGGCUCCGCCCCGGUGCGGCGGAGAGCCCGGCUGUGAGCGCGGGGGGGCGGCGCGGGCCGGGCAGCAGAGCCGCUGCGUGCGGGCGGCGGCGGGAGCCGUGCGGGGCCCGUGCCGGGGCCGGCACCAACUGCGGCCACAGCGGCCACAGCGGCGGCGGCGGCGGCAGCGAUGGGCUCGCGUUGGUGCGCGGCGCUGCUGCGGGUGCUGGUGCUGCAGGCGGCCUGGGCGCUGGCGGGCGGGCAGGUGCGGUACUCGGUGGCGGAGGAAGCCAAGGCCGGCACGGUGGUGGGCCGUCUUUCGCAGGACCUGGGGCUGGAGGCGGGCGAGGCGGAGGCGCGGCGGCUGCGGCUGGUGGCGCAGGGCCGGCGGGCGAGCGUGGAGCUGAGCGGGGCGAGCGGCGCGCUGCUGGUGAGCUCGCGGCUCGACCGGGAGGAGCUGUGCGGCAAGAGCGCGCCGUGCGCGCUGCGCCUGGAGGUGCUGCUGGAGCGGCCGCUGCGCGUCUUCCAUGUGGAGCUGGAGGUCACCGACAUCAACGACAAUGCCCCCAUCUUCCCCGCCGCACGAAAAAACCUCAGUUUAUCGGAGAACUCCCCUCCCGGAUUUCGUUUCCCGCUGGAGGGAGCAUCGGAUGGGGAUAUCGGAGCGAAUGCGCAGCUCUCCUACACACUCAGCCCCAGCGAGCAUUUCUCUUUGGAUUUACAAAAAUCGAAUGAGCGAAAUCUUGUACCCGAACUUGUUUUAACGAAAUCUCUGGACCGCGAGACGAUUCCUGUUCACCGGCUGGUGCUUACGGCGAGUGACGGGGGCCGGCCGUCCCUGACGGGCACCAUGGAGCUGGUGAUCUCUGUUUUGGAUGCUAAUGAUAAUCCGCCCCAAUGCAACCAGUCCGUGUAUAAAGUGCAGCUGCCAGAGAACGCUACAGAGGGGACGCUCAUAAUGCGUGUCAAUGCCACGGAUCCGGACGAAGGAAGUAAUAGCGAAGUGACAUUUACCGCGACCAGCUUUAUUCCCCCGAGUGGACGAGAAGUGAUUUCUGUCAAUCCCAAGACAGGGGAGAUUCACCUCACUGGAGCCCUGGACUUCGAGGAAGUGAGUGUAUUUGAUUUUCGUAUUGAGGCCAGAGACCAUGGGACACCUCCAUUGUCGGGUCAUUGCAGCGUGGAGCUGGAGGUUCUGGACGUGAACGACAACGCGCCCGAGGUGCGGGUGACGUCGCUGUCGGUGCCGGUGGCGGAGGACGCGGCGGUGGGGACAGUGGUGGCGGUGCUGAGCGUGUCGGACCGGGACUCGGGGGCGAACGGGCGCGUGCGGUGCUGGGUGUGGCCGGCGUCGCCGUUCGGUGUGGAGGCGACGUUCUCGGGCUCGUACUCGCUGGUGCUGCGCGAGGCGCUGGACCGGGAGCGGGUGUCGGAGUACGAGGUGGAGGUGCGUGCGGAGGACGGCGGGGCGCCGGCGCUGCGCGCCAGCCGCGGGCUGCGGGUGCCCGUGUCGGACGUGAACGACAACGCGCCGGCGUUCGCGCAGGCCGUGUACACGGUGCUGGCGCGGGAGAACAACGCGGCGGGCGCCGAGCUGGCGCGGCUGUGGGCGCGGGACCCGGACGAGGCGGGCAACGGGCGCGUCAGCUACUCGCUGUGGGAGGGCGGCGCGGGCGCGCUGUCGUCGCCGUCGUCGUGGUCGGGGGCGGCGGGCGGCGGGUGGCGGCCGGCGUCGAGCUACGUGUCGGUGGACGCGGAGAGCGGGCGCGUGUGGGCGCUGCAGCCCUUGGACUACGAGGAGCUGCAGGUGCUGCAGUUCGAGGUGCGCGCGGUGGACGCGGGCGAGCCGCCGCUGAGCGGCAACGCCACGGUGCAGCUGUUCGUGCUGGACGAGAACGACAACGCGCCGGCGCUGCUGCCGCCGCCCGCGGGCUCGGCGGCCGAGGCGGGCGGCGCGGCGGCCGAGGCGGCGGCGGCGGGCUGGGGCUCGGGCACGCUGUGGGCGUGGGCGGCGUGGGGGGCGCCGGCGGGCCAGGUGGUGGCCAAGAUCCGCGCCGUGGACGCCGACUCGGGCUACAACGCGUGGCUGCGCUACGAGCUGCGGGAGGCGCGGCCCAAGGGCCCGUUCCGCGUGGGGCUCUACAGCGGCGAGGUGAGCACGGCGCGGCCGCUGGACGAGGCGGACGGCGCUCGCCACACGCUGCUCAUCGUGGUGCGCGACCACGGCGAGCCGGCGCGCUCGGCCACGGCCACGCUCAGCGUGUCGCUGCUGGAGGCGGCCGAGGCGGCGCCGGCCGCGGGAUCGUCGUCGUCGUCGUCGUCGUCGUGGCGGGCGGCGCCGGGCGCCGAGACGGGGCCCAGCGGAGCGAGUGCGGCCACCAACGUGUGGCUGGUGGUGGCCAUCUGCGCCGUGUCGAGCCUGUUCCUGCUGGCCGUGGUGCUGUACGCGGCGGCGCGCUGGGCGCCGCGGGCGGCCGUGCUGUCGGCGCCCGGGCCCACCACGCUGGUGUGCGCCAGCGAAGUGGGCAGCUGGUCGUACUCGCAGCGCCACAGCCGCAGCCUGUGCGUGGCGGACGGCGCGGCCAAGAGCGACCUCAUGGUUUUCAGCCCCAACUUCCCUCCGCCGCCGCCCGGCGCCGCGCCCAAGGACCCGCAGCCGGAGCCCUCCGCUCUCCUCCACACGGUCAGUGCCGAUCCCUUGCUCGCCUUUUCUCUUUCUCUCCCCCCUCUGCCGAGUCUCCCCCGCCCCCUUUGUAGUUCCCUUUUCAGUUUGUACGGUGGCUCCGCCCCCGCGGCCUGCGGGCAGCGUAAUUUUGGCUGA